UCCAUAUAAUCAAGCCUAGAGUUCCAACCUACAUACCCCCAACCAUAAUCCUCCACCUGACUCUCCAUAAAUCCCUAGCAACGCCAUUCACCAAUCAAAAUACGUCAACGUCAUCAACCGCCAUUCCGUCAACCUACUCGUACCAUACUUGCAUCUCAGCUAACCAUAUCUGAUACUAUUUCUUACCAUUUUUCUUUGUCUGUUAUGUUUCAUUUUAUCCUAUAAAUACUUUCCCUUGCAUAACGCCCUAAAUCUCUCUCUCUACACCAUUUUAGUACCCAUUCUCUCACCUCCAUUUCUCUCUCCCAAAUUUGCUUACCGGAGUCCAGUUUCGUAUCCAUCUCGGCCGGCGGAUUAUGUCAACGGCGGAGAUGGAGCCGUUAACAUCAGGAGCGAGCAAUCGCAUCAUUCCGAUUCUUAAAACCCUAAGGACAUUUCUUGUUUUUCUCCAAACGAUUUUUCUUUCUCUAAUUUUAAUUAUUCUCCCUCGCCGCCGCCUUCCUCAGACCGCGGAAUCGGGGAUUCCGGCGGGUUCAUCUUCGAUGAAGCGGCGGUCGUUGUGGAGGCUUGAAGAGGAGGAUACUUUGAGAAGAAGAGCACUUGCUGAGGAUAUUGAUAUGUUGACCGGUGACUUGGACUACCGGUGCGAAUGGAAUACUUUUUUCUUUUUCGGUGUUAGACGGAAUUCUCUCUUUUGCAGGUCAUGGUUGCCCGUCAACGGUCAUUUGAAGGGCAUUUUGAUAAUUAUUCAUGGGCUGAAUGAACACAGUGGAAGAUAUGCUCAGUUUGCUAAGCAACUAACAUCUUGCAACUUUGGAGUCUAUGCAAUGGAUUGGAUAGGUCAUGGUGGGAGUGAUGGGUUGCAUGGAUAUGUUCCUUCUCUAGACCAUGUUGUUGCAGACACUGGGGCAUUCUUGGAAAAGAUAAAGUCAGAGCACCCUGAGGUACCCUGCUUCCUUUUCGGUCACUCAACCGGAGGAGCUGUGGUUCUAAAGGCUGCAACAUAUCCUCGCAUAGAGGACAUGCUGGAGGGAAUUGUACUGACCUCACCAGCUUUACGUGUUAAGCCAGCACAUCCUAUUGUUGGGGCUGUGGCUCCUAUUUUUUCUCUGCUUGCUCCAAGGUUCCAAUUUAAAGGAGCCAACAAAAGGGGCAUUCCAGUUUCCAGAGAUCCGGCCGCACUUCUGGCCAAAUACUCUGAUCCAUUGGUUUAUACAGGGCCUAUUAGGGUUCGAACUGGCCAUGAGAUACUGCGUAUAUCCGCUUACUUGUUGCGUAACUUCAAGUCAGUUACAGUACCGUUCUUUGUUCUCCAUGGAACGGCUGAUAAAGUGACAGAUCCACUAGCAUCUCAGGAUUUAUACAAUCAGGCAGCCUCUAAGUUCAAAGACAUAAGGCUUUACGACGGAUUCUUGCAUGAUCUCCUCUUUGAGCCCGAACGCGAGGAGAUUGGGCAGGAAAUCGUGAGCUGGAUGGAGAAGAAACUGGGAACCAAAUCUGAAAUUGCUUGGUAGAUUAUCUGCUUGAUCUGGAGGUGAUUAGUCCCAAGUUUGAAAUGUUGAUAGCUACAGGUAGAUUAUAAAGAAAUUUCAAGGGUUCAAUUUUUCGCCCAAAUUCGGCAUUGCAUAUAUGGAACUUGUAAUUAUGCUAUAUGCUUUGCUUAUACUACAGGUUUUCCUUUUGA